CAUAUCCACACUUCUGCGAACUCGACAGCUCCAUCAUCACACAUUGCCUCCCCACGGAGUGCUAGAUUGAUGUCAUUUGCCCCUCUUUUCCAAGAAAACGUGCUCCCUCUCGAGAUCUGCAUCAACAUCUGUUCUUUUGUGGAGACUCACGGACUAUAUGUGUUAACACUCAUGAACAGAAUGUGGAACCAGGCGGCGACGAUUACGCUCUACGAGCACAUAGACCUCAUCCGACCGCGCGCGAUAUGGCGUUGCAUCAAGACCCUGUCGCGCCCUCCAGAAGCGCUAUCGUUCGGACGCGACCUCACCAUCUAUCCAAAGUCCAUCCGCAUUCGAUAUCCUAUGCUCAUCUAUGUCGUUGAUCAAAGCAGGCAAGCCCUGGCGAAUAUCUUGAUUUCAACGCUUCCCCGGUUAAUCAAUAUCCGAUCCUUCUCUUGCGCCAUUCCUUUGCCAAGCAUCCCACGUAUCCUGCUAUCUUUCGCAGCAGGCCGCACCUCGCUUCUUCGUACGCUGGACCUAAUGUCGCAGGGUGACGGCCGAAUGGUCAUGGAAGUCAAUUUCGACAUCGACCUGGCGCUCGAUGUGUUGACAUUCUCAUCUUUCGAGCUGACGCUUCCUAUCGGUGGCCCUACCUCGACCACAGCGUACGCCUCCUUCUUCAAACGCACCAUAUGUCACUCUCCACACGCCCUUCGUGUUCUAUCACUGAACUUUGGCUCCAGCAUGACGGCGGCCGGCUCGCCCAUCGUGGACGCCAUCAGCCGUUUGCCCAUUCUUCAACACCUAGAGGAGCUCUCGAUCCCCGAGGCGUUUUUGCACUUCCCCUGCUUCGCCCAGGCACCCCGGCUGAAGUCGCUCACCUAUUACGCCAACGCAGAUCUGCUGGGGAGUACUGAUUAUUCGACCUUGGAGGUGCUUGCGUGCUCGUCCAGCAUAGGUGUAUUGGAGGCCUUCUUGCCGAAUGUUCAAACCCACCGUCGACCGAUUCACACCCUACGCCUGGAUCGCGCCUGUUACGAGCGGCACAGCGAUUUUUUUGUUGUGACACCCAUAACCGCAGCCGACACGCUGCCCGUCCUCGCCCACAUAGCAUAUUCUGGAGUUCCCGUCCAACAUCUCGCCAUCGGCAUUCCAGAUGCGGCCCUGGGCAGUUUCGGGGACCCAACGAUCGCACCAUUCCUAGGGCAAUUAGAGAGCCUGGUGUUGGUUAUCAUCCCCCUAUUCACUAUUGAUGGACAGGGCAUGCGCGAAACGUACGAGAAUGACCCACUACUCCUCAGUACGACGCUGCUUCCGCACACGCCCCGUCUGCAUACCCUUCUGCUUUCGGACGCCCCUACCAAAUUCAUGCGGUCCCCGAUGGAUGCGUUCCCGUGGGCCAGAGACGAAUCGCGACAGCGGGAGAUCCUCGCGGAGUUCGACAGGGCCGCCCCUUCCCUGCGGCGCGUCGCGUUGACCAAUGAGUUCGAGUGGGAGAAGAGGGCUGACGGACGGUGGCACGCAUGGGGGCAUGUCGAUGUUGAUCGUCACGGUCCUUUGCGGCCGUAUGGCAGGAAGUCGUGUCUGCUCGACGACGAGCUUGACUCGUUGCAGCAGGAUAGCGCGUGA